AUGGUGAAUAAUAUUUGGGUUUUGCAUAAUGAAAGAACUCAAAACAAUGGACGUAAUUAUCCUAAUGAGUGUGUGAAUCAAAUCUCCAAUAAUCAUUCAUCACCAAAUACUCACAUCAAAACACUACAAAAUCCUUUCACAAAUCUCAACAAUUACAAUCAAAAUUCUCCAUAUGGAGAGGCUUCCAAUCACAACAAUAACUCCAUAUUAUUCAAUGAUUCUACUACUAGGUCAAGGAUUGAUUUGAAUAGCUAUCAUGGUUUGAAAAGUGUUGCUAUAUCACAUUCAAAUUCUCCUUUAUUUCGUCCAAUUAAAUCUAAGGAUUUGGAUUUGUUUUUCUCUUCUGAAAAUGAUACUGCUCAUUCUGCUAAACAUCAUGUGUUUGAUAUUCGAGAAACUGACGCUUGGAAAAAAUCAAUGGCUCAAAAUAAAGAGUUGUUUCUUUUUAAAGAUGACAAGAAUACAAUUUCAGUUAUCAAAAAUGGUGCAAAAGAAAGUGAUGAUGAGGAUUUGGAUCUCUCGCUUCAUCUUUAA